GGUAGUCUUUCAUAUUGCUGGAUAUGCUGCAGUCCAAACAGUUUCGAUUAAUCCGUCCGAUUGUUUUUGUGGGAAAUAUUCUGCCGGGUCGAAAUGUUACGCGAAGCUUUAAGGACAGGCAGCAGGCGAUGGUACAGCUAUAAGUCUGUCCGUCGCCCUAACCUUGGGGCCAGCAGUGCCCCAAAGGUUGAGCCGGUGACGGAACAACCGGGAGAUGCAUCUACAACAGGAAAUCUGGCCAAGCAGAUGCGGGCCAAGAUUCUGGCAACUGGUCCCAUAACAGUGGCUGAAUAUAUGCGCGAGGUGCUGACAAAUCCCCAAGCCGGCUACUACAUGAACCGGGAUGUGUUCGGGCGCGAGGGCGACUUCAUAACUUCGCCGGAAAUUUCACAGAUCUUCGGGGAGCUCGUGGGAGUCUGGCUGGUGAGCGAGUGGCGCAAAAUGGGCAGCCCAUCGCCAUUCCAAUUGGUGGAACUGGGACCCGGUCGCGGAACAUUGGCCAGAGAUGUGAUGAAGGUGAUCACAAAAUUCAAACUGGGCGCCGAGUUUUCCAUGCAUAUGGUGGAGGUUAGUCCCUUCCUGAGCAAGGCCCAGGCCCAGCGGUUUUGCUAUACACAUGACACCUUGCCGGAGGACUCGCAACUGCCUCACUAUCAAGUAGGAACCACGGCCACAGGCACCAAGGCCUAUUGGCAUCGCCGGCUAGAAGAUGUGCCGCCGGGAUUCUCGCUGGUGCUGGCCCACGAGUUCUUCGAUGCUUUGCCUGUGCACAAGCUCCAGCUGGUCGAUGGAAAGUGGCAGGAGGUGCUUAUCGAUGUGGCUCCUGGGGCGGACAAGAACCUUAGUCAAGCCGACUUCCGCUACGUGCUUUCCCGCAGCCAAACCCCUGUAUCGAGCGUUUUUCAAGCCAUGCCCGGGGAGACCCGAUCGUGCCUGGAAUACUCCCUGGAAACAGAACGACAGGUUGGCCUCUUGGCCGGUCGCAUCGAAAAGAAUGGAGGCAUUGCUCUGAUCAUGGACUACGGACACUUUGGCGAAAAGACAGAUACUUUCCGGGCCUUCAAGCAACACGCACUACACGAACCACUGCUGGACCCGGGCAGCGCCGAUCUGACGGCCGAUGUGGACUUUAAGCUGGUGAGGCACACCGCUGAGAGCCACGGAAGCAUCCACUGCUGCGGCCCCGUUGAACAGGGUCUCUUCCUGCAACGCAUGCAGGGAGAGGCCAGAUUGGAGCAACUGCUGGCACAUGCCCUGCCCGAGAACCAGCAGAUCAUACGCUCCGGCUACGAGAUGCUCACAGAUCCGGCUCAAAUGGGCAGCCGCUUCAAGUUCCUGGCCAUGUUUCCCGGCGUUCUGGCUUCCCACCUGGAGAAAUAUCCGGUGGUCGGGUUCAGUUAGUAAUUAAUAGGAAGGACACCGAUGUAAGAUUAUAAAUAUGUUGCACAUGAUUGUUAAACAAAA